CCGCCGCCUCCCCCUCGUCCUCCUCCUCAAACCCCACCACCCUUCCCGCAGGCCUGCCUCCACCUCCACUCCCCUCCCGAUGGCGGCCAUCACCACCACAGCCGCAGCCGCAGCCGCCUCGUCCUCCUUCCUCCGCCGCCUCCCCGGCGCCGCCCACCACGCGCUCGCCGCCGCCGUCUCCCUCCGCGCGUGCCACCACCGCUACAGGCUCUCCUGCCGCGCCGCCGAGGUGUCCGGGGCCGAGCCCUCCGCCGCGCCGGCCGCGGCGGAGGCGGCUGGAGGUGCGUCUUGGGUGCCGGUCGUGCCGCUGGCGGCGCUGCCGCGCGGGGAGCGCCGCGUGAUCGUGCAGGACGGGGAGGAGAUCCUGCUGCUCUGGUACAAGGACCAGGUCUUCGCCAUCGAGAACCGCUCGCCGGCCGAGGGCGCCUACACCGAGGGCCUCCUCAACGCCAAGCUCACGCAGGAUGGCUGCAUUGUUUGCCCAUCAACAGACAGUACAUUUGAUCUUCGUACUGGGGAAAUAAAGGAAUGGUAUCCCAAAAACCCUGUUCUUAGGGCUCUUACGCCUGCUUUGAGGAAACUAUUCACUUACCGUGUGAAAACAGACGAUGAAAACAUCUACAUCAGCAUCAGUGGGGCUGAUAGUGCAGGGUCUGCUGAGAUUAUAUUCAGUGGGAAAGCUCAACCUGGGGUUACCGCUUCAGAUGUCAAUGUGGAAGAGGUGAGAAUGAUAGUUGAUGAGGAUGUUGGAGGAUUCGGUUUCACCAGCGCCAAUGAACUUAUCAAUGGAAAAGCUGCUAUAAUCGGCUUUCUCUUAUUGAUAGAUUUUGAACUUUUAACUGGCAAGGGUCUUCUCAAGGGAACUGGUUUCUUGGACUUCAUCUAUGCAGUUUCAGGAGCUUUCAACUGAUGAAUAUGUUAGUUCUUUGGUUGUGGAAUGUUAUAAAGAUCGUGGGAUUAGUAAAAGUGGAUGUUGUACACAUGGAUGGUUAUAUAUAACAAUGGGUCACGGGAAGAAAAAAGAAGGGCCAGUGUUGAACAGGUUGAUUGGUGAAUUUUCCUUAUGUCGCUGGCUCGUGCUGUAAUAGAGUGACUUCUAGGAGUGCAACAUUAAAUUACAAUGGUGCUGAGUGUCAUGGCAACUUCUCAAGCAAACCUCAACCGGUUUAGGAGAUAGCACAUUUCUCAAUAGAGUUGGAUAAUGAGGUUGUUAUGUGCCACGUCAAUGAUGUCGAGCAUUACCAUCUCGUAAUUCAUCCUUGUAACUGAUUCAAGAUUCUGCCUUUUACAAUUGAUUAUGGGGAUAUGUGAAACUGAACACUUCAGUGCUAA